AUGUUUGAAUCAUUGGUGGCUACACUCCUUAACCGGUUUUUGGGGUCAUACAUUGAAAACUUUGAUCCGAAGCAGCUAAAUAUUGGAAUCUGGAGUGGGGAUGUUAAGCUUAAGAAUCUUAGAUUGAAAAAGGAAUCGUUAGAUAAAUUUGAACUCCCUGUGGAUGUAAAAUUCGGUCACGUAGGGGAAUUGACAUUACAAAUCCCAUGGUCGAAUCUCAAAUCCACCCCUGUGAAGGUUAUUAUAGAAGAUAUCUUUCUCCUUGCAUCACCCAUCAUUAUAGAUGAAUAUGAUCCAGAAGAAGAUAAGAGACGUCAAUUGGAACAAAAGAAGCAAAGAUUAUCUGAUUUGGAAGCAAUUGAGAGGGCCACUGCACAGAAUCUGGCUAUCACCUCCGAUAUGAAUAAAAACGAAACAUUUACAGAAAAUUUGAUUACAAAGAUUGUGGAUAACUUGCAAGUGACAAUUAAGAAUAUUCAUAUCAGGUAUGAGGAUGAUUCAGUAUUGACCGAAUCACCCUAUUCUGUUGGAUUGACUCUUGACGAGUUAUCAGCAGUGUCUGCUGACAAUUCUUGGACUCCUAGUUUUAUUUCUAUUACCCAGGCAUUGACUCAUAAGUUAUUGACUUUGAAGUCUUUAAGUUGUUAUAUGAAUACUGAAUCAACAACCAUUUACACCGACGAUGCUGAAGAAUUACUUGAAAACUUCCGUAAGUCCAUUUUCAAGGAUGAAUCUUCAAAUGUUUCGGAUUUACAAUUCUUGUUGAAACCAGUCAGCGGGAAGGGUAGGCUUUCAGUUCAUAAACCUGGAGCGACAGAAAAAUUUCCUCACGUAAAGGGGGAAUUAUUCUUUGAAGAAUUUGGCCUUGAAUUAGAUUCACAACAAUAUUGCGAUAUUUUGUGGACUGCGUCCAAAUUCCAUUGGUACAUGAAGACUCAUAAGUUUAGAAAAUUAAGACCUAAGACUACCCCAGAAGAGGACCCUAAGGGCUGGUUCAAGUAUGCAGCAGAAUCAAUUUUAAAUGAAAUACAUGAAAAGAACUACAAAUGGAGUUGGGCGUAUUUUGAGAAGAGAAGAGACCAACGAAGAGCUUAUAUUGAACUUUGGAAGCUUCAUCUCACGGGCACUAUAUUUUCAGAAGAUCAAGAAGAAGAAUUUAAUAAAUUGGAGGAAGACUUACCUUUUGAGGAUAUUAAAUUUUAUAGAUCUUUGGCUAAAAGUGUUGUUCGGAGAGAAAACCUCGAAAAGCCACAGGCGAUUGCUGCCAGUAGCGAUGGGAAUAACCCUCAAGCAAAGAGUGGCUGGAUCUCAUCUUGGUGGAGUGGAUCCUCAACUGAAACGAAGUCCAAUGAUGAAAAAGAUGAAGACUUGCUGUUAUCAGAGGACCAGAAGAAGGCCUUGUAUGAUGCUAUAGAUUAUGACGAAACUAAGGAACUUUCUGAAGCAGUUGAUUUACCUCGUGAUAGAGUAAAGGUUGAAUUAUUAGCCUCCUUGAAAAAGGGAGGAAUUUCUAUUAGACACAAGAAAGGUGGUCCCAAUCUUGGUGAGAUUGUAUUCGAGGGUUGUACAGCUCAAUUAUAUCAAAGACCUGAUUCGUUUUUAGCAAAUUUUCAAUUACAAGAAUUUAGAGUUGAAGAUGGAACGCAAACCACUCUAUAUAAACAUAUUGUUAGUGUUAAACAAUCUCAUUCACAUUUACAUGAAGUGACAGGAGACAACAAUGUGUCUACCAACCACAAUGACCCAUUUUUCAAAAUUUCGUUUGAGAAUAAUCCUCUAGAUGGAAGUGCUGAUUCUGUCUUACUUGGUAAGUUGAGUUCAAUGACUAUUUUCUAUAAUCCACAUUUUAUUGAAGAGAUUACUAGAUUUUUUACACCGCCAAAAAUUCAUUUGGAUACCAUUGGUGCAAUCAUGAAUGCAGCAGAAGCUACCAUGGAAGGUAUAACAACUCAAACAAGAUUAGGACUUCAGUAUGCUCUUGAAGAACACAAAACAAUCAAUGUGAAACUUGACUUACAAGCUCCCUUAAUCUUCUUACCUUUAGAUCCAAAGGAUUGGAAGUCUCCUGUGGCAAUUUUAGACGCUGGUCAUAUCAGUGUGGUUAGUGUAUUGGCAGAUAAGAAGGAGAUUGAGGAAAUUAAGUCUAAGGAAAGUUAUACUUCUGCAGAUUGGGAACAUUUGAACACUUUAAUGUAUGAUCAAUUUAAUGUACAUCUUGAAGAUGCUCAAUUUUUGAUCGGUCCCGAUAUCAAAUCCACUACGGAGCAACUCCAUACUGAUGAUCCUAAUCGUCCCGCGUUGAUUCUUGAUAAGUUAAAUAUUAAGUUAUCUAUGGGUGUUUCAAUUAUUCCAGAAGCAUACAAUAUUCCAAGAUUUAAGAUUGGAGGUGAAGUCCCAAGUAUCAGACUUUCUUUGAAUGACUUUCAGUAUAAAACAAUUAUGAGUCUUAUAGAUGUAGUCAUUCCUGACUUCGAAAACCUAGACUCUGAUGAUUCAAGUAUUUUCAAUACGUACGAAACUUCAAACCAUGCUGAAAUUGAAGAAUUGGAUUCCGACACUUCAUCAAUGGAAGCUAAACCAGAUAAGUCUAGUCCUGAAGAUGAACAGCAUCUAUUUGAAUUUGAUUUUAAGGUAGAUUUAGUGCACUUGUCAUUACUGCGUUGCAUUGAUGGUGUCACUUUAGAAACAGAACCUUUGGUGGACUUGGUUGGUGACUCAUUGGCGCUCUUUUUCUUUAAGACUACACCAGAUUUAAAGCUUCGGUUGACAUUAGAUGAUAUUAACCUCAUUGAUAAUAUUGAAAAAUCUGGUAUUCCAGAGUUUGAGAAAUUGAUUUCGUCAAAUAAUUUUGUUGAUAUUGAUGAAAAAGAUUCGAAGAAGGAAAUUUUUAAGGUCAAUUAUACUCGUUCAUUGAGGUUAGUUGAGCUUAAUAACAAGCAAAUUGAAGUUUUUGAUCAAGAUAUCGAGUUGAACAUUGCAACUGUGAAAUUUGUUAUUUCCCGUAAGUCUGUGUUGAGCAUUUUAAACUUUGUCUUGAACACAUUUGUUGACGAAGAUGCCCCGGAAACCCCAGCUGACCAAUUGAAUCAUAACGACGUAAAUGAUGCCGAGUUCUCACCUAGAAAAAUAAACGUCAAGAUUUAUUUGGACAGUAUCAUUCUUGUUUUGAAUGAAGAUGGUCUCAAACUCGCAACCUUACAGUUGAGUACGGCUGACAUCUUCUUAUUGGUUCUCCCAGAGGCUAUGGAGAUUCGAGGAAAACUUGGUGCAUUAAGCUUACACGAUGAAGUGAAUCAUGGGUCACCUAGAGACUCUAUUUUACGGAAUCUUGUGAGUAUUGACGGUAAUGACUUGGCAGAGUUUACUUAUAAAACCUUUGAUGUUCAAACAAAUACCAAGGAGUACAACUCUCAGUUUGAAUUUAAAUCAGGAUCAGCAAGAGUGAAUUUUGUUGAAGACGCAUUUAGCAAAAUUAUCAACUAUGCGAGUCAUUUCCAGAGAAUGAAAGCCGUAUAUGAUAAGGCAAGGGAGGCUGCAAUUUCUCAAGCAAGCAAUAUUGAUGAUGCGAAUAAGAUUCGGUUCGACAUUUUAAUCAAGGCUCCAACCAUUGUCUAUCCCAGACUAGCUGCUAAUUCAAAUGAUACAUAUGACCAAUUGACUGCCCAUUUGGGUGAAAUAUACGCUAGCAACACAUUUGAGCAUGGUGACGGAGGAGUCCAUAACCUAAUUGAAGCAGGAAUCAGAAAUAUUAGAAUACUUUCUGAUUUCCACUAUGGCGAGGUUGAACAGAAGGCUGUCUUGAUGGAAGACUUGGAUGUAAUGUUCAAUAUUAACUAUUUAGAAGAAUAUCAAGAGAAUCGUCCUACUAUUAUCGUCGACGGGAAGAUGCCAGAGAUCGAUUUAAACUUGACUGAAUUACAAUUGAAAUACUUCUUAGAGUUUUCUGAUUCCAUUACUAGGGUAUUAGAUACAUCUGAAUCACAAGAGUCUUUGAGAGAUGUUGAGAUCGACGCAGCGAAUGCCAAUGCUGUUGCAAUGCACAAAUCAAGGGUGGAAAAUCCUGAACCAGCCUCUCCUGUGGUGUUCAGAGAGAGACAACCUUCCACAAUUCCGUCAGAUCAUAAACAACUUAAACUUGAAUUUAAAGUCCCUCGUGUGUCUUUAAUGAUAUAUAAUAAUACUAGUGGUGUUGCAUCUAUUGACGAUAAGAAACUCUCUUCAUUCUCUUUGAAUGGUUUUGGAAUUUCAUUCGAAAUGCAAGAAGAUUCCCACUUCAUUUCUGAAAUCGACAUGGAGUCUUUCGUCGUAAAGGAUGUAAGGGAAGGUAGUUCAAAUAAGUUUACUGACAUUGUUCCUUUGCUCAAGCAAGACAAAAACCAAUUUUCAUUAUCCGCUUCUUCAGAUGGGCCUUCUGAUAAUAAGAAUAUUACUUUGAUGCUCUCUGUCGAUAACCCACGUAUGAUUUUGGCCCUUGAUUACUUUUUCGAGUUGCAAACUUUCGCGGAAGCUGGAUUAGCUUCAGACCCACGUAUGAAUGAGUUGGAAUUUAGUAACGAUGCGAACGAACUGGCAUCUUCGUCUAGUUCUGAGGUAGCCGCGCAGAAAAAUGUUGACACUAGCGACCCACUGACCAUUGGGUUUUCUGUUAAUAUAUCAAACCCGUCUGUUAUUCUUUUGGCUGAUUCAAGCAAGAAGGACACUGAUGCAGUUGUAUUCAAAAUUGAACAAGUUCUACUUACAAGCCAGAAUAUUUUGUCAUUGGCAGCUAACAAUAUUGGUAUGUUCCUUUGUGGUAUGGAUGACAUGGAUGCUCGGAAAUUAAGAAUCAUUGACGACUUUUCCAUCUCAUUUGCUCACGAUUCAAGAGGAUCAACAGACACUAGUUUCCUUACGAAUAUCCAGGCUUCUGUUGAUUCACUUCUAUUGAGGUUGUCGUUAAGAGAUAUUCGUCUUGCUCUCGGAAUUUUUAAUAAUGCUUCCGAAUUAUACGCCAACGCUCAAGCGAAGAGUAGCGUAAUUCCAAAAGAGACCGAUUAUAGUUAUUCUGAGGAUUUCAAGAAGAAACUUUCCCAAUAUGCUCCGACAAUCCUUUCCAAUUUUUCCACUAAAUCGAACGCAAAAGAGGUUCAAGAACAAAAGGAAGUGAUCAUAAAAGGAGAAGAACUUAAUGCCAGCUUUGGAGGUAUGCGGUUCGUCCUUAUUGGUGAUGUUCACGAACUCCCUGUGCUUGAUAUGACUAUUAAGCCGUUUGAUAUCAAGGCCAUCAAUUGGUCUACGGACCUUAGUGCUGAAGUUCAUAUUGAGCCUUUCGUAAACAUCUACAACUACGCCAGAUCUUCUUGGGAACCUUUAGUUGAACCUUGGCCAAUUGCAGUUUACGCAUCGAAGGUAACGACCCCAAUCCUGGGAAUUAUGGUGGACGUAGUUUCCAGAAAGCUAACUGAAAUUACCGUGUCUUCACGUUCAAUUGCUCUUCUUUCCCAAGUGUUGUCGUCAAUAACCCAAGAAGACGAGAUUAAGGAAAGAGGUGAAGAUUAUCCAUAUAGAAUAGUUAACCAAACAGGUUUUGACGUGAAGGUAUGGACUAACUCUAAAGACGGCACCAGAGAAAAAGAAUCUGUUAUCAAAAAUAUGGCUGAGAUUCCGUGGGAAUUUGAAGAUUGGAGAGCAGUCCGUGAAAAUUUAGAUACUGAUAAGAAACAAGAACUUGGGUUAGAAUUGUUGAAUUCCAAUUACAAUGAACUUUCUGGACUCUCGGCAACAGGAGAAGGAGAAGAGCUUUUCAUUUUGUACCCUCCAGUAGAUGCAGGGUUCCACAAUAGACUCUCAUUUAAUGUUACCUUAGGUGAGGAUAAUGUGAAGACGAUUUCAUUGACGUCCACCAUUACGAUUCAAAACGACGCAGAAAACGACGUUAGUAUCAAGGUUUGGCUGACAGAGCAGAAACAAGACGUCACUUUGAUAAUAAAGUCUCAAGAGAGCCAGUCGUUACCAAUUGAUCUUGUUUAUUCCGGGUCAUUAAAAUUCAAACCACAUAUGGAGUCGUCCUAUAAAUGGUCAGAAGAAACAUUGAAGUGGAAAGACUUGCUUAAGGGUGGAGUUCCAGUGCAGUGCAGUGCCAAUGACAAUAAGUCUUUAUAUUAUUAUCAAGUUGAGGCAGUGUAUGAUAUUGAAGAACCACUCGCUCUGAUUUAUCCGCAUAUGAAAAUUGUCAUAUCUGCUCCUGUUGAAAUCGAGAAUUUAUUACCUUUUGAUCUUAAUUAUAGAUUGUACGACAAAAGUACUAAAAGGGAUUGGAGUGGUUCAAUUGCCAAGGGAGUAAACAGCUAUGUACACGUUGCAAGUUUGUCUAGUUUGUUACUACUUAGUGUCGAACCAUUAGAUUGUGGUUUCCUGAAAUCAGAGUUUGCCAUAAUCAACUCUCCAAAGAAUAGUGAAUUCAAGAGAGAAAUUACAUUUAACACCAGACAUUCAAAUGGCCAAAGACUUGGCUUAAAAGUUCACUACGCAAAGAAAAAGUCAAGUAACAGUAGUUUAAAGGUUCAAAUUUAUUCACCGUAUGUGAUCCUCAACAGAACCGGCCAAAACAUUAUAGUCAGUGAAAAGGGGAACAUGUUAAAAUCUACCAGUAGUACUAGAGCAGAUUCUAUUUCUGCACCUGAUAUGUUUUCUUUUGAUAGAGAUGAUGAUAGAAAGAGUAGGGCGUUGCUUAAGGUUAGUGAUUCUGCUUGGACUGUACCUCUCAGUUUCGAUGCUAUCGGACAAACUAUUGCAGCUAAGGCACAAUUGAAUGGAAGACAAGCUGAGAUGAAUGUUGGAAUUACUGUUAAUGAGGGUGACGGAAAGUACAAGCUUUCCAAGGUUGUCACUAUUGCUCCAAGAUAUGUUUUGCGUAAUACUUUAGAUGAUGAUAUUCAAAUUAUUGAAAAUGGUUCAACAAAGUCUAUUACAGUCAAAUCAAAAGAAGUCCAACCACUAUAUGGAUUAAGACGUAUUGAUCAAAAGAGUUUGUUAUUGAAAUUUAACAAUUCCAAUAAGCCCUGGUCUUCGCCUUUUGCUAUUGAUGAUGUCGGGCAGGUCUUCUUGAAAGUUUAUAAAGAGUCAGUUGGUCAAGUCUUGCUCAAGGUUAACACUAUAAUGGAAAAUGCCACUAUUUUCAUUCAAGUUGAGAAUGCUAAUAAUAACUGGCCAUUCUCGAUUAGAAAUUUCAGUGAUUCUGAGUUUUACGUUUACCAAGGAGAUCCAAAUGUAAAUGAAAAUGGAGAUGUAGUAAAACAUGAUACUCCAUACAAGCCUGUGUUCUACAAGAUUCCACCUAAGAGUGUUAUGCCAUAUGCAUACGAUUAUCCAAAUGCCGUGAUGAAAGAACUCAUCAUUCGUUCUCACGAAAGAGAGCGAAGUGUUAACCUAGCAGAAAUAGGUAACCUUAGACCUUUCAGAUUACCUGCUUCACAAAAUGACGAACAAGCUAUUGUUGAUUUAAAUGUGGUUGCUGAUGGACCAACUCAGUCUUUGAUUAUUUCAAACUACGACCCGUCCGUCAGUUUGUACAAGUUAAAGGACAACUCUUCUAGCUCUACAUCCAAUUUGGGAUCAGGAAAAUUUGAAGUCAAUGAAAAGGAUGAGAGUUAUCAUACUAAAAUUAUUACAAAAUUUGAAGGCUUUGGAAUUUCAUUGAUCAAUACCAGGGCACAGGAAUUAUGUUACAUUACAUUAAGAGGGUUAGAAAUUCGUUAUAAUGAGUCAGACUUAUACCAGAAUCUUAGUGUCAAAUUAAAGUGGGUACAAAUUGAUAAUCAAUUGUAUGGAGGAAUAUUCCCAAUUGUAUUAUAUCCAAGUGUUAUCCCUAAGUCAGGAAAAGAAAUGAAUAAUCACCCUUCAUUCUCUGCCUCAAUUUGUAAAGUGAAGGAUGAUUCUCAUGGAGUGUUAUUUAUCAAAUAUGCUACCGUUUUAUUGCAAGAAAUGACCAUCGAAAUUGACGAAGACUUCUUAUUUGCGCUAAUCGAUUUUACGAAGGUACCUGGUGCAACUUGGAAUCGAGUUCAACAAGACAGCUUGUGUGAUGGUAACUUGGAGAUUCCAGAACCCAAGCUUUUGAAUGAAAGUAGUGAUAUUUAUUUCGAAGCUUUGCACCUCCAGCCAACUCUUACUCAUUUGUCGUUUGUUCGUACCGAAAGAGUGAAUGCCGAGGAUAAGACAUCAUCUCAGAACACCUUGACGUUCUUCUUCAAUGUAUUAACGAUGGCAAUUGGUAAUAUCAAUGAUGCCCCUAUAAAACUUAAUGCAUUAUUUAUUGAAAAUAUUAGAGUGCCAAUCCCUAUCUUACUUGAAUCAAUUCAAACUCAUUAUGGCCAGGCAUUCUUCUAUCAAGUGCAUAAAAUUUUAGGAUCUGCUGACUUCUUGGGUAAUCCAGUUGGGUUGUUCAACAAUAUUUCAUCAGGUGUGCUCGACAUUUUCUAUGAGCCAUACCAAGGUUUUAUUAUAAACGAUAGACCGCAAGAACUUGGAAUUGGUAUUGCAAAGGGUGGUUUAAGUUUUUUGAAGAAAUCGAUCUUUGGAUUUUCCGACUCGUUUGCAAAGGUUACUGGAUCACUUGCUAAAGGGUUGUCGGUUGUUACUUUGGAUAAAAAAUUCCAAGAGCGUAGAAGAUUAAGUCAACGUCGUAAUAAACCAAAGCACGCCUUAUAUGGAUUUGCAUCUGGUGCCAACUCAUUCUUUGAAUCUAUAUCUUCUGGAGUUACUGGAAUCGCCACUGCUCCAAUAGAAGGUGCUACAGAGGGAGGUGCCACUGGAUUCUUCAAGGGAUUAGGUAAAGGUGUUGUUGGUUUACCUACCAAGACUGCGAUUGGGAUUUUUGACUUGGCAUCCAAUGUUAGUGAGGGUAUUCGUAACACAACCACAGUAUUUGAUGCUGAAGGGUUGGACAAAGUGAGAUUACCAAGAUUUGUUGCUCAUGAUCAUAUUAUUCGCCCAUACUCAGUUAGAGAGGCCCAGGGUCAAUUCUGGUUGAAUUCAAUAGACGGUGGGGAAUAUUUCAAUGAGACUUACUUAGCUCAUUUGAUUUUACCAGGAGAAGAAAAGGCAAUUUUGAUUUCCUUUAGAAAGAUCUUUUUAUUCAAUAUUAAUACUUUAAAGAGUAUCUGGGUUACAUCAUUUGACGACGUUAAAUCAAUCUCCAUAGAAUCAACUGGUAUAGUCAUUGGUCUAAAGGGUAAGCGCGAAGGGCCAUUCAUUCCUAUUCCAGACAAGAGUAGUCGCUCAUUUGUGUAUGGGCGCAUAGGAGUUGCGGUACAAGAGUUUAACAAACAUUGUCAAGUUGAAUUGUAG